CUCGGCCUCGAAGUCGUCUAUACGGAAUUAAGCUUCGUGAUCGCCCCCGACGUUCCAUACGCUGCCCCGGCUUGUUCCACCCGCAUGUUCAUCGCUUUGUCCAAGGCGGCCAAACAUGUCGACAAUUCGACCUUGUCAUAGCUGUCUACCUCCGUUCACUGACGAAAUGUCAGAAUAUUGCAGUCCGUCUAUCGCUGUGUCAGGUUUUCGUAUAAAAGCCAUGCAUGUCACAAUCAUUAUCCUUCACCAAAACGCAGGAUCAUGGGUCUUUCCCGCCUCCUCUCCUUCGCCUCUCUGGCGUUUUUGGCCACCAGCGUCGUUGGCCAGCCCUCCUGGACCAGCGACCCUGCUAUGCCUCCCUCUGUUCCGCUUGCCGUUCGCUCCCCCUAUCUGUCGGCGUGGCUCUCCCAAGGACCAGGCAACUCCCUCGCCGGUAACUGGCCUCAGUUCUGGACCGGCUCUUUCCUUGGAUGGACUGGUUACGUCGCCGUCGAUGGCACCGUCUACACCUGGAUGGGAGCUCCGGCCGUUCCCAACCUCAGCCCUGCUCUUGCAGUGCAGAAGAGCAUGACGUACACCUCCACGCAAUCCACCUUUGUGCUGAGUGCUGGUCCCAUUGACCUCACGGUCAACUUCCUCAGCCCUGUCGAGCCCACCGAUCUCGUCAAGCUCGGCACGCCGUUCUCAUACAUGGCCCUCUCCGCUGUGGCGAACGACGGUGGCUCCCACAGCGUCGCCAUCUAUUCCGAUAUCACCGCCGAAUGGGCUGUCGGUGACACCACCCAGAUUGUGAACUGGACUUCGACCACCGCCGGCGAUGUCUGGACCCACCAAGUUGGACCUCAAAACCCGAUCCUCUACACCGAGUUCAACGACCACACUCAGUACGGCGCCGCUUACUUCUCCACUCAGAGCUCUGUUGGUGCUACCUGGCAAACCGGUGGCUACAACGACGUCCGUGCUCAGUUCAUCAACAACGGCGUCCUCAUCAACGCCGGUGACCCCGCUUUCCGCGCUGCGGGUGACAACUGGCCCGUCUUCGCUUUCUCGCACACUCUCGGUACUGUCGGCACGACUGCCACUGACCCUCUGCUCUUCACCAUUGGUCACGUCCGCGACCCUGCUGCCGCGUACGUCGUCGCUGGCGGCGGACAGGUGCCCUACAGCACCUACUUCUGGUCCAAGUAUGGCAGUGUACUCGAUGCUAUCAACGACUUCGUCGCCGACUACUCGACCGCCCUCUCGGACGCCAACACGUUCGAUGCCAAGGUCAAGAGCGAUGCAUCCGCCAUCUCGGACCACUACUACGCUCUCGUUGCUCUGACCAUCCGUCAGGCCUUUGGUGGUCUUGAGCUCACGCUCGGCAAGAACUCUGAUGGCUCGUGGAAUACUGACAACCCCUACCUGUUCCUCAAGGAGAUCUCCUCGGACGGCAACAUGCAAACUGUCGAUGUCAUGUUCCCGAUGUGGCCUCUCGUGCUCUACACCAACCCGACCCUCGGCAAGUACCUGCUCAAGCCUCUCCUCGACUUCCAGGCUACCGGCAUCUGGACGUACGGCUACGCGGUGCAUGACCUUGGCCAAAAGUUCCCCGACGCCACUGGCUACAGCGAUGAGACCAAGGUCGAGAAGAUGCCUGUGGAGGAGUCCGGCAACAUGCUCAUCAUGCUCACGAGCUACGUUCAGGCGACGAACGACACUUCUAUGAUCUCGUCUUAUAUCUCUGCACUUGAGACCUGGACCGACUACCUCACUACCAACGCCCUCACUCCCGGAGGCCAGCUGUCGACUGACGACUUCGAGCCGUCCCCGGAUGGUGGGUACCUGAACCAGACCAACCUCGCCAUCAAGGCCGCUGUCGCUAUCAAGGGGAUGUCGAUCAUGGAGGGACUCAUUGGCAACACCGACAAGCAGUCGCAGUAUAGUGACACCGCCGCGCAAUUCAGCACCUUCAUCGUCCAGACCGCCAUGGACCCGAGCGGCCAGCACCUCAACUUCAACUACGGCAACAGCUCGUCGUGGCUCUCCGCCUACAACCUGUGGGCCGACAAGCUCCUCCAGACGAACGUGUUCCCCCAGUCGGUCAUCGACACCGAGACCGCGUGGUACAAGACGCAGGUUGGGCAGUACGGCCUCGCCCUCGACUCGCGCGAGCCGUGGUCCAAGACAGACUGGCAGCUGUGGACCGCCGCGUUUGUGUCGGACGUCGACGUGCGCAACUCGAUCAUCGACGGGCAGUACGCGUACCUCACGGACGGUAAUGCCCUGAACAUGUUCCCGUACUCCGAUCUGUACGAAACCGGCUCCGGCGCGGCGCAUACGUUUGGCAGUCAGCCCUUCGGAUCUGGCAUCACGUACGAGUUCCAGGCUCGUCCCGUUGUUGGUGGCCACCUUGCUCUGCUUGUGGCCUAAAGAGCCAGGUGCCUUCCAAGGUUCCUAGUUGACGUUAGAGAAUACGCCUGAAUAUUUUCUUUUGGUUGAUAUUAUUACUUAUGUACGGUUAGCUUCAUGUUCAUCUGGUCUUUACGAGGUC